UUCACGUCAUGCGGGACAUUUCCGUAUACCUCCAUGGCUGCACAUGUGUACGCAAGAUUUGUUUUAAACAACUGUAAUUUUGUGGUCAAAUCCUCCCUUACUCAACCUAACAGUAGGUAGGGAGAUGUUAUCUUUUUAGCAAAAAUGUUUGGUUUUUACGUGGCAUUUUGAAUACGUUUCGUGGGUCGAAUGUAACGAGAGCUAGCUGCUCAGCAUUAGUAUAAAGUCGCUGCCAUGAAAGGUAAAUGGAAGCCGCGGGGCAACGACAAAAAGAAGAAGGCCAGCGCCGUGUUGCAGAAGUACAUGGUGGCGGUGGGCGAGUUUGUCAAAAGCAAAAACGGCGCUGAACGAGCGGAGGAUGACGACGCCGGUUUGAGGUCGGUCAAACGGAAAAGCAGGAAGGAGCUGCGCAAGGAGAAGCGGAAGCUGAAGAAAGCCAGGAUGAAAAGUCACUACCAAGGUAAAAUGACUGGAAAUCUGCCCAGUGGUGAUGCUGAACAGGCAGUAACACCUCGUAAACAGAUGGAAAAUGGUGGCAACAAGAAGGACGAGGUUAAAAAAGGGCCAAAAACUAAUGUAAAGAAGCCCAAAGUGGCACCCAAGAAAACCAACAAGCUUCAAGAGUCGAGGAAGAAGGCACUUUUGGAGGCCAACGAACAGGAGGACCGAGAAAUAAAGAAACUUGAGCGCUACUUAAAAUUAAACAAAAGAAAAAACAAGAAAAGCCUGCCACAGUCAUUUGUGGCCGAUGGACUGGACUACAUCCUGAGUGCUCUCGACUCAGACACUUUGGCCAGCGGGAUGUACGACAGCGACGACAACAUGGACCUGGCCAAGGAUAACUUCGAGCAGUUCGACGGGGACAACUCAGGUGAAGACGAAGAGGACUUGGUGAAUGAACGAGAAGAUAUAAAUGAUGAUGUGGGAGAACAAGAAGAGGAGGAGGAAAUACCAAGUGAAGAAGAGGAGGCAAUGGAUGAGCAACUCGAGGACGACAGUGAAAUAAAUGACGAUGAUGAAGAAACAGAAGAGACCGCAGAGUCCAAUUCAAACACUGGUACCUCUGCGACAGGCAAGUACGUGCCUCCAUCCAUGCGUGACGCUGGAGGCGACCAACGCAAAGCUGAGCUGCAAAAACUGAACAAGAAUGUGAAGGGACUCGUCAACAGGCUGAGCGAGCCCAACAUGUCGUCCAUCAGCGGCCAGCUGGAGGCACUCUACAUGAGCCGCAGCAGGAAGGACAUGAACGAGACCCUGACGGAUGUGAUGCUGGCCGCCUGCGUCACGCCGGCACUGAUGCCCGACCGGCUGCUGAUGGAGCACGUCCUCCUGGUCAGCGUCCUCCAUCACACUGUGGGCUUGGAGGUAGGAGCCCAUUUCCUGGAGACAGUCGUGCGCCGGUUCGACGACACGUACAAGCACUUGAGCGAGGACAAAGUGUGUGACAACCUGGUGGCCAUCGUGUCACACCUCUACAACUUCCAAGUGGUGCACUCACUGCUCAUCUUUGACAUCCUGCGGCGCCUGGUGGCGGCGUUCGGCGAGAAGGACAUCGGGUUGGUGCUGUUCGUGCUGCGAAAUGUCGGUUUCUCGUUGCGGAAGGACGACCCCCUGGCGCUCAAGGAGCUCAUCGCUGAGUCUCAGCGCAAGGCGGCCGAGGUUGGGAAGAAGUUCCAGGAUCAAACCAGAGUGCGCUUCAUGUUGGAAACCAUGCUGGCCUUGAAGAACAACGACAUGCGUAAGAUUCCGGGCUACGAUCCCGAGCCUGUGGAGAAGCUGAAGAAGCUGCAGAGGACUCUGAUCCAGCGCAGCGCGGCGGGCAGCGACAUGAAACUGCGGGUGUCUCUGGAGAACCUGCUGUCGGCUGACCAGGUGGGCCGCUGGUGGAUUGUGGGCUCGUCGUGGAGUGGUGCGCCCAUGAUCAGUGAGCAAGAAAACAAAAGUGUCGGCGAAGGACAGUUCACCGCCAAAGUUCUGGAACUGGCCCGAAAGCAGCGCAUGAACACGGAGGUCCGAAGGAACAUCUUCUGCAUGCUCAUGACCAGUGAGGACUACAUGGAUGCGUUUCACAAGUUGCUGAGGAUGGGGCUGAAAGACAAGCAGGAGCGGGAGAUCGUCCACGUCCUGAUGGAUUGCUGCCUGCAGGAGAAAACCUUCAAUGGCUUCUACGCCGUGUUGGGAGAGAAGUUCUGCGCUCACGACCGCCGUUUCCAGAUGACCUUCCAGUUCAACCUGUGGGAUAAAUUCCGGGAGCUUUCCAACCUUCCUGACAGGAAUUUUAACAAUUUAAUCCAGCUCGUGACACGCCUCCUCCAGAACAAGUGCCUCUCGCUCUCACUACUCAAAGUAAUAGAGUUUGGAGAGCUCGACAAGCCCAAGGUGCGCUUCCUGCGCCAAGUCCUGACUCGGCUGCUCACAGACACCGAGCCUGAAGAUCUCGUCAGCAUUUUUGCCAGGAUUUCUGGAAUUCCCCAGCUGGGAAUGCUGCGCGAGGGCCUGAAGCUUUUCAUCAGCCACUUCCUGCUGAAACGCGCCGGGCCGCAGGACGCCGCACUGACAGAACGCGCUCACAUCGCCACCAAGGCGAUGGAGGCCAAAGAGGCCAGAGUCAAACUGUAAUAGAAAAGGAAACAGGACCCUGGAACACUUUUUCCUAGAGGGAACAUCGUCUUCCUAGAAGAAAUAUGAUAACAAUUAUCCAUCCACCGAUCAAUUGUUUUUAUAGCGCUUGUCCUCAUUAGGAUUGUGACUGAGCUGGAACCUAUCCCAGAUGACUUUUUGAGUGAUAUGUGUAAAUGAAAUAGUUCAGCAUAAUGUAUAAUAAAAACGAACAGAUACAUUUAUUUUGACUUCAUUUGUUCCACUGUAGAUCACCAAUGCAUUCACGUGUGGUGUGAGCAAGCCAUGAGGUGUAUACAGUGGGAUCAAUGGACUCACUGUGUGCGCGCCACACACACUGACCUUUGUGUGGCACUUUUUAGGCCCACUCGGGCCCAGUCGGGCCUGACCCCGGCCUGAACUCUUGAUCCGUGGCCGCCAAAGCAAACACGGCGGGAAGAUAAGCCGGUGGUCCUUCACGAAACAGCCUGUGACAAAAUGACCAAAUUUACUCCCGCAACAAUAAGAGUUGAAGGCCAAGGCCUUUCCAUUACUUGUGAAAUCCUACCAAAAAUAGCCAUACAUGUCCCAAUGUUUGUACUAAUUUUUCUAAUUAUUUUGUUUCAUCAGUGUGUGGAUUCUAAAGUUAAAUUGUUUUAUACAGUGGAUAUUUAAAAAAAAAAAAAAAAACCUUACACAAGCUUGCUGUGUUAGGAUUUUGUGAUAUAAAAUGAAUACCAAGAUUAAUCGUUUCAAAACUUUUUUACACCAUUAAUGACCUAUAACCUGUAAAACUCAAUUGACUUUUUUUUGUGUAAUUGUUUUUGAGAGGGGAAGUAACAAAAACAACUGAGAUAAUCGUUGUUGCACACUAAUAACUGGGGAUGUGACUGUUCAGAAUUAACCAAUUACAUUCAAACUCAUGUUAAAUGGGUGUCAGCACACACCUGCCGCCUCUUAAGUGCCUCUGAUUAACCCCAAAUAAAGUUAAGAUGUUCUAGUAGGCUUUUUCUGACAUUUAUUUUCUUUUUAGCAAGUUUUGUGCAGACACUGACUGCUUUUCCAACUGUUCAUAAUUUCCUCCACCUCGACUAAGUCCCCAGUUCUAGUUGAAGACAAACAACCCCAAAGCAUGAUGCCGCCACUGUGUGGAAUCUCGAAUUUUUACAAAAUGUAUUUAAAAAAGAAUAAACAAA